GGAUCUACCGCUGAGAAGUUCCGCCUGUUUUAUUGUUUCCUGAUUUAAACAGACCGAUACUUCGAACAAGAACAUCUAACCACAAAUCGCGUAAUCUAGCCUAAUGCUGUUUAUGUAGCCAGACAUCUGUGUUCUGUUCAGUGGUACGCCCUGGUUCAGCAAUGGCAGGCAGCCCAGCUCUGGUGAUGCGUCUGGUGGCUUCGGCCUUCAGUGUGGCGGAACGGGCCGGGUGCAUCGCAAGAAAAGUGUUGCACAGCGGGGAACUGGGCAUCGUGGAGAAGACAGGAGCCAAUGACUUACAGACGAUGGCCGACCGGCUGGCCCAGAAGAGCAUCUGUACCUCUCUGUCGCGAAACUUCCCCAAGAUUACCAUCAUUGGAGAGGAGGACCUGCCGCAGGAGGCUGUCGAAGAGGACCUCAUUGAGAACGGGCAAUCUGAAGAGAUCCUGCAGAAGCCAUGUCCGGCAGAAUACAGGAACCUUAGAGAGGAAGAGAUUGUAGUGUGGGUCGAUCCUCUGGAUGGCACUAAAGAGUAUACUGAAGGGCUCCUGGAUCAUGUGACUGUACUGAUUGGGAUUGCAUACAAAGGGACGGCCAUUGCUGGGGUCAUCAACCAGCCCUUCUUCAACUACCAGGCAGGGCCAGGUGCGACCUUGGGGAGGACGCUGUGGGGGGUUCUGGGAUUGGGAGCGUUCGGCUUCCAGCUGCAGGAGGUCCCAGAGGGACGCCGCAUCGUCACAACCACCCGUUCCCAUAGCAACAAGCUGGUGACAGACUGCGUGGAGGCCAUGGAGCCUCAUGAAGUUAUCAGAGUGGGCGGGGCUGGAAAUAAGAUCAUCCAGUUGGUGGAGGGCAAGGCCUCUGCCUAUGUCUUUGCCAGCCCGGGCUGCAAGAAGUGGGACACGUGUGCCCCUGAAGCUAUUCUCCACGCCGUGGGGGGCAAGCUGACGGACAUCCACGGGAAGACGUACAGCUACGACGCGGACGUCAAGCACAUGAACUCGGCGGGGGUGCUGGCCACGCUGCGCAACCACGAGUACUACGCCAGCAGAGUCCCCGAGUCCGUGCGGAAGGCACUGGGGGCCUCCUUGUAAAACCUGCGGCUAGGCUAACGUGCUAAAAAUCAUAGCCUCGGCAAUGAUGGAAGCGUAUCAAUACCCCGGUAUUGCUACUUUGCUAAAUUGCACACAUCACUGCUUGUAUACCGAUAUUUUGUUAACACUGAUGUUAUUUCUUUGUUAUAGCAAUUGAUUAAAAAAAAACAUGUAUGAAUAAAGGACCAGAUUUAUAUUCA